AUGACUGCAACAGGGUCAUUAGCCUUCGAUGAAUAUGGAAGACCAUUUAUCAUCAUCAAAGAUCAAGAUACAAAGACUCGUCUUACCGGCAUAGAAGCACAUAGGUCUCAUAUUUUGGCUGCCAAGUCUGUAUCUGAUAUUUUGAGAACAUCUCUUGGCCCCAAGGGCCUUGACAAAAUGUUGGUGAGUUCUGAUGGAGAGGUAACGGUGACCAAUGAUGGAGCUACAAUUCUUGGUAUGAUGGAUGUGAAACACCAAAUUGCAAAACUGUUAGUCCAGCUUUCCAAAUCUCAAGACGAUGAAAUUGGGGAUGGCACAACAGGAGUUGUUGUGUUGGCUGGAUCUCUUUUGGAACAUGCUGAGAAGCUUUUGGACAAAGGCAUCCAUCCAAUCCGUGUUGCAGAUGGAUAUGAGAUGGCUGCAAAAAUUGCUGUUGACCAUUUAGAUGAGAUCUCUGAAGUCUUUGAAUGUGGAGUGACUAACAAAGAACAUUUAAUCCAGUUAGCCAUGACAACUCUAGGUUCUAAAAUUAUUAACAAGUGUCACAGGCAAAUGGCUGAAAUUGCAGUUGAAGCUGUUCUUUCUGUUGCUGAUUUGGAUAGGAAAGAUAUAAAUUUUGAAUUAAUUAAAGUUGAUGGCAAAGUAGGUGGUAAACUGGAAGAUACAGUUUUAGUCAAGGGUGUUAUUGUUGACAAAGAUAUGAGUCAUCCACAAAUGCCUAAGUUGGUUAAAGAUGCUAAAAUUGGGAUCCUGACUUGUCCAUUUGAACCUCCUAAGCCAAAGACGAAACACAAGUUGGAUGUUACAUCAGUGGAGGAUUAUAAAAAAUUAAGACUUUAUGAAAUAGAGAAAUUUGAAGAAAUGGUUGACCAGGUCAAAAGCACAGGAUGUAAUCUUGCCAUUUGUCAAUGGGGGUUUGAUGAUGAAGCCAACCAUCUAUUGCUGCAGAAACAACUACCUGCUGUUCGCUGGGUUGGAGGACCAGAAAUAGAGCUGAUUGCUAUUGCAACAGGUGGUCGCAUUGUCCCUCGUUUUUCUGAGUUAACAGCUGAUAAAUUGGGAAAAGCUGGAACUGUGCGUGAAUUAACUUUUGGAACAACUAAAGACCGCAUGUUGGUGAUUGAAGAUUGCCAGAAUUCCAAGGCUGUCACCAUCUUCAUCAGAGGAGGAAAUAAAAUGAUCAUUGAUGAAGCAAAGCGAAGUCUUCAUGAUGCUUUGUGUGUUAUCCGUAAUAUUUUGAAAGACAACAGAAUUGUGUAUGGAGGUGGUGCUCCAGAAAUAGCGUCUUCGUUGGCUGUAGAAAAAAUGGCUGACAAGGUAUCUACUCUGGAACAGUAUGCUAUGAGGGCCUUUUCUAGUGCAUUGGAAUCUAUUCCUUUAGCUCUUGCUGAAAACAGUGGUCUGGAACCAAUUCAAACUUUAUCAGAAAUAAAAUCUAGGCAAUUGAAAGAAAAUAACCCAAGACUUGGAAUUGAUUGCCUUGGUAAAGAAACUUCUGAUAUGAAGGAACAACAUGUCUUAGAAACUCUAACUGCAAAGAAGCAACAAAUUAUGCUGGCAACUCAGCUAGUCCGUAUGAUUCUAAAAAUCGAUGAUAUUCGUGCUCCUGGUGAAAGUUAUUAG